AUGUCUCAAAUACAUUUAUUAGAAGAAAGAUCUAUUGAUGAUUCAAUACAUGGGUUUAUUCCAAUAAGUUAUUAUGCAAAUUUAAUAAUUGAUACAAAAUAUUUUGAUAGAGUUAGAAAUAUUCAACAAACUGGAAUGGCAAAAGUAGUUUAUCCAUGUGCUGAACAUUCCAGAAAAAGUCAUUUACUUGGAACAUACUUCUUAUCAUUACGUGUAUUAAAAAAACUUUCAAAAGUACAGCCUUAUUUGUUAAUCGAUGAAAAAGAUUUACUUUGUGUUAGUAUAGCUGCACUUUGCCAUGACAUUGGACAUGGUCCCUGUAGUCAUACAUAUGAUGGACCAUUUUUGAAUGCAGUUAACAAAAAUAGUGGUUUUACCCAUGAAAAAGCAAGUGUUGAAUUAUUAAAAAUGAUUUUUAAAAAUUAUCCUCAUAUAAAAAAUGAAUUUGAUAAAGUUUUAGAUGAAAAAGAUUAUAUAUUUAUUUAUGAAUGUAUUAAUCCUAAAGUACCUUUUAUGGUUGAUGGUAAAUGGAUACCAAAAGGAAGAGGUAAAGAAAAAUCAUUUUUAUAUGAUGUUGUAUCAAAUGUACAUACAGGAAUUGAUGUUGAUAAAUUUGAUUAUUUUUUAAGAGAUACAUUUUUUUGUAAUAUUAAAGGUAGUCAAUUUGAUGUAGAUGUAUUACAAAGAAUAAUUGAUUAUUCAAGAGUUGUAUAUGAUUCAAAAUUAGGAUACACUAGAAUUGGUUAUGCUUUAAAAAUUAAAAAUUGUAUUAAUGCUGUCUUUGAGACGAGAAAAUUUUUAUUUCAAAUUUUAUAUUAUCAUAAGACGUGCCUAAGUUAUGAACAUGUACUAUUAAAAGCAUGGAUAGAAGCUGAUAAAUAUUUAGAAUUUAAAACAAAAAAUGGUGAAAUUUUAAAACUUAGUACUAUAUUUAAAGAUUGGGAGGUGUAUAGUUCAGUUACAGAGAAUGUUGUAAAUGCUUUAAUUGAAUUUUAUCCUGAUGAAAGAUUACAAAAAAGUAAAGAAAUUCUUGAAAAACUUAAAGAAAGACAUAUCCCUAAAAGAAUUUAUACUUUAAAAGGAAAAAAUUUAAAAGAUAUGGAUGAGGAAUUUAUUAAAAAAUGGAUAAUCGAAAAUUGUCACAAAGAGUUUGAUGAAGAUAAAUUAUUCAUAAAAAUUAGAAUAAUUCAUGGUGGAAAAGGACUUAUGAAAAAUCCAAUGGAUGAUGUCUUAUUUUUUAAUCAUAAAAAUUAUAAAAAUAAAAAUAUGGUGGAAGAAGUUGUGAAAGAAAAGCUAUUUAUGAAUGUAUAA